AUGGGCAGGAGCCACACGACCUGGGUCGGCGGCGGGGGCAUCGACAUGAAGACGCUGGAGGGCAUGGGCGUGCCAGAGCUCAGGCGCAAGUUCAUCGAGGUGUUCAAGUGCCCCUCGGCGAGCAACAACGGCGCCUGGCUGCGGAAGAAGCUAGCCGCGCCCCCUGAUGCACGGGUUGGCGCCGGGCGGCACCACCUGCCUCGGAAGCGCGACCAGACGGCCAACAUAUGGACCGUGGGGUCGAUCAAGCACAUGACGCGCGCCGAGAAGGACAUCAAGAAUAUCGACCAGUCCGGCGCGCCGAUCCUCUCCGAGAUCCCCGGUCAGGCGAGCGACGGGAACUUCACGGGCGCGCGCACGAACAGCGCCGGGUCGGGCCAGGUCAUGCUCUCAGACUCUACGCAGCCGGUAGACGCGGCGUCGGCGCGCGCGCGGUCGGUGCGGACCCGCCGGUCGAGCCAGCGCGCCCGCGAGGCCCGGUCCAUGAUCGAGGCGGGCGAGGUCGGCACGGAGGCCGACGGCUGGGACUCGCGCCGCGUCGCGCGCCGCACCGCCGCGACACGCUCGCCGCGCCACGGCAUGGGCCCCCCGGGCGACGAGCACGGCCUCGACGCGCACCACGAGAUCACGCUGCACGACCUCGACAGGCUGCACGGCUACCACGCCGGGGGCUCAUAUGUGGAGGACACGCACGGCCCGGCGAUCGCCCGCAACAACACGUUCCACAUGGGCACGAACACCGCGGGCGUUGACCGCCGGGCCUUCCUUCAGGAGCGGUCGCGCACGUUCAACGGGAGCUACGGGCCGCACGUGCCCUACAGUGCCGCGCCGUCCGUGCACUACUCGCACGAGCCCCCGGCUCCGCACACCACGCACUGGGGCACCGACCCAGGCGCAUACCAGCUGCCGCAGCAGCAGCCGCAGACGGUCGGGUCGCUCGAGAUCGCGCCGCCCUGCGCGGGGCUGCCCAGCCGGGCCGGCCCCGGCGCGCCGCCGCUCGAGUCGGGCCGCGGGGGCGGCCGCGACGGCCGCGCGAUGGAACAACUCAUGGCGGGCGACGACGAGCCGCCGACGAUGUUCGAGAAGUCCGCGUGCGGGUGGGACUGCUACGUCGAGGACGACGAUCCGGUGCUGUACCGGCCCCCGGCGAGCCUCGCGCACUUCCCCGACGACGGCUCCUGCCUGCUCUGA